AUGACAAAGAGUGGACAUGCCUUAGAUGAUAACGACGCUAAAAGGGCUCACAGAGCUCUCAAUAUGCUCGAGCGCUUAUGUCGGUGGCCAGACCUAUAUUACCCGAAUGAUGCUGCAUGUAGCGGCUUCUCCCAUACAUGGUAUCCUUCUCUCAGCAAGCUCUUGACCAACGGAGGAUAUAUCAGAGAGUCACUGAAAGAAUUUUUUGACGAUUUCGCUCCCCGGAAGGCACAGAAAUUUUGGGUGCAGCUAUCUGCUUCCUUGGAUGUCACUGGCGAUCAUGACGCAGAGCCCAUUCUCAGAGGGCCCUACCUUUCUGAGCUUUGGGAGAGGAGAAACACAAUUGAGGACUGUCAAGAUAAGAAACAGUUCAUUGUCAGCUUGCACAACUCACUCAUGAAGUACUGCCACUGCCAUUGCAAGCAAGCUUGUGAAUUUAUGGCUGCAAACAUCCGUCUUAAUUGCAAUGAUAGCCCUCCGCAUCAAACGAAUAAAAUGUCCGAUUUCAACUUGUUUUUCCAAGAUCUCCACGACAUCCGAGAUUCAAAUUCAAGUUGCUAUUGGAGGGAUAUUCAGAUAUCUGUUUACACCGCACCUACAAAGAGAGCUGCCUGUGAAGAGAAUUCAGAGUUAGAUGAAUGCAACAACGUCUCUGAAAAAAGUGAUGUUGAUGAGGCUUAUGACUCUGCUAGUGAGAGUCUAGAGCUUCCUGAAGAAUUCGAAUUUUGUAAACUUAUUGCUGAGGCUCCACGAAGGCAACUACAAGUGAAACUGACCCUAUCAAAUGGCGAGCUAAAACUAAAAGAGGAAAGUUUGGCGUUGAAGCGGUUUCUUACCAACGUUCCGAGCACAUCCCUUGCUCAUCUCUUACAAUGUUCCGAAUUGACACACAAAAACAAAGCGAUUCUUUCUUAUAUUUUGAUUGAUUCUGUUUGGCAAUACUACGACUGCAGCUGGGACCACUGGAGCAGCAAAACCGUCCAAUUCAUGCCGCAACGAGAUGGACUCAGCAAGGUCAUUUUAGUCAAUCAGCCUUUCCUACAUACCAGAUUUGACAAACAAACGAUGAUGGAGACCACUGAUGAUAUCAUUACGACAGAUAUGGGAAGCGUGAGAAAGGGAGGGCUGAAUGAGCCGCAGACACUGAUAAAUACUAAAAAAAUCCUAGUGCGGAAAUCGCACGAUUAUCCGAAGAUUCUUGCCCUUGGCAUCAUGCUGCUCGAGAUACAGCUCGGUCGGGAGCUCGAAUUCUUCAAUGAUCCUAAGAACUAUUACGACGAAGACCCGAACAUUGCGCAACAUCUCCUCGCAUUGGAUCUGGUUAAGGACAAGAAACUGUGGCCGCCAGAGAAUGCGUGGAUGGUGAUCAAGGAGAUCAUUGAGAUAUGCAUAGAUGACAACAAGACCAAAGCUAUGUUCAAAAACGACAACCUAAUGGUCAGGCAAAGGAUCUAUGAACAGAUCGUGGCUCCAUUCCGCGUGUUUGUACUAAAUGCUUGGAAGUCUGAUGGUAUCGAAGUUGUCGACCCUGUUACAUCGGAGAAAGCCGCUUUCUCCGAAAAAGGCAUGAUUCAAGCCAUGGAAGGUCUCUCUAAUCUCAAGAUGAAUGAGCAAAGUCUUACCCUGCUACCACCCCCGGUGAUUACACACGGCUUUGAAUUAGAGUAUUCCGAAAAUUGGCUCCAGAAUUUGGAUGAUUUCACCGAGAAGCUCUCUAUAAUCGGAACAAGAGAUGAAAAGAAAUGUCCUCGAGUAAAGAUUGCAAUACUCGACACAGGAAUUGCAGAAGACUAUUAUCAUGACUUCAACGAGUACAUCGAAGAAUACAAGGAUUUCGUAUCCAGUAAGAACGAGCUUCGACAAGAUGGAACUGGUCACGGAAGCACGACGCUUCGUUUACUCCUGAGGUUGACUUCCGAUGUGAAGGUAUUCAUUGGUCGAGUUUUUGAGCAUAACCAUGCUGAUGAGGAGACUGAGCGACUGAUGGCGGAGGCCAUAACAUAUGCUAAAAUGGAGUGGAAAGUCGACAUAAUAUGUAUUCCAUCCGGUUUCAACGCAGAUCUCCGGAGCCCGCCUUAUCGCCAACAGUUGUACACUGCCAUGACAUCGGAUACUAGGACUCUCAUCUUUGCAGCAGCCUCUAAUCUAGGUUUCGCAAGCGAAAUCACUUUUCCUGGUUGCCUCUCGAAAUCAUCAAAAGUGUUAUGCUGUUUUUCCACUGCCGGCGAUGGGGAUCCAGACCGCCCAGGCUUUAAUCCCGCGGCUGUGCCUAACACGUACAAUUUCGCUCUGCUAGGCGAAGGGAUUCAAAUCGAUGCAACGGAUCAGCCCAUUCGAGGUACAUCGUAUUCAACCAUCAUCGCAGGGGUUAUAGCUGCGUACAUUCUAGACUUUGCGAACCAUCCAGAUACGAAGGACAAGAUCAAAGAUGCUUGGUAUCUUCGAGAGGUGGAAGGAAUGACUGCGAUCUUUGCAAGUAUGAGCAAUGUAAAGAAGAACGGAUACGAUAUCAUCGAACCAUGGAGAUUACAUAAUGUUGGACAGAAGCUCAUUCACGCCUUUGUUGCGCAUUUGUUACGCAGCCCGUAUCUAAAACCGCCGAGGCUCGUAUGCUACCGUGUAAUUUCCCUUUUAUCAAUGCAAGGCUCUUUCUCAAUGUUUGUGUAUCCCUACUACGCAGUAGAUGCCAAAAUGGCGCAUUUCCUUUGUCCCAGUCACAUGGAAAGCCAUUCGUAG